AUGACUAAGUUUAGUCCUUUUGCUAAGCUUCUUGAUGACUAUAAACUGACUGGCCCAAAUUAUGUGGAUUGGAAAAGAAAUUUGUUUAUCGUCCUUACUGCUGAAAAAUUGGCAAAAGUUGUCAAAGAGGACGAACCUGCUGAACCUAGUCCUGAUGCAACAGAAUAUGUUGCAAAGUGCUAUAUUAUGGCUUCCUUAGACCCUACUUUACAAAAGCAACAUGAAGGAAAGAAGACUUGCAAGGAGAUCUUGGAAAGCCUUAAGGCUUUGUACGAAGAACGUAAUCGUACUGCACGUCAAAACGCUAUGAGUGGUUUGAUGAACACCAAGAUGGCUGAAGGUACACCAGUUCAGGCCCACGUUCAUAAGAUGAUUGGGUACAUAAAUGAAUUGGAAUCCUUGGGAGCCGAGCUGGACAAUGAAUCAAAAGUUAAUGCAAUUCUUGCUUCACUUGCUUGA